ACUCAGCAACGGUUUCUCAAUUGAGAUUGAUGUUCGACAUCGCAGUCGGAUUCGGGCAGCCGUCACAUAAUGAUUACUGCUUGGUGCAGAGGCGAAUUGCUGCCCAUCGACACCGUCAAUGGCAAUCCCCUCCCGCGGUCUGGAGAGCAUGGGCCAAUGCUGAUUUUGUUGCCUUGGGGUACGAGCCGGAUGAUAAGGUCCCAGUUAUCAGAUGUGACGACAACGGCCAACCGUUACCUAAAUCAGUGAAUAAAGCUAUUAAACGCUUGGUUAUUCUCCGGAAAGAAGAAAAAGAACUCCAGGAUAGGCUCAUCAAAUGGGAAAUCGACAGAGACCGUCUGGAAGAGGAAAGGAAAAAGUACGAAAAGAUCAUUUGUGAAUCCGGUUUGGCACUCGACUCGUAUAACCUUUCGGAGGCCAGAGAAGAAGGUGACAGUGACAGCAGAGAUGGGAAGAGUGGACAUUGGGACAAUCAAAAUUGGGAGUAGCAAAAUGGGAACAGAAUCCGAUUCGGAAUAAGUAGUGGUUGAUAGGGCACUGGAUUCCUGCCAAAACUCCCAUGUCCAUAGUCAGUGUGUCAGUGUACGCAGGAGGCAGAUAUGUACAUACAUACAGGCAACGAUCAUGCACUUAUGAUGACGG